AUGAGAAUGACCGUCCAAACGUUUGAUUAUGUGUUGUCAAAUAUUGGUCCGUCGCUAGUGAAAAAUUGGUGUAAUUUACACUCCCAACCAAUUAUGCCAGAGGAAAGAUUGGUUCUCACUAUCAGGUUUUUGGCAACAGGAAGCACCUACUCUACGUUGGCGUUUUCCUUUAAGAUGGGGAUCAAGACGGUUUCUGUGAUCAUUGCUGAGACAAUGAAUACCUUCUGGUUGACACUGACAUCAAGACAUAUGCCAGUUCCUUCAGUGAGUGAUUUCCUUAAAAUUUCCCAAGAUUUCCAAAAGAAAUGGAAAUUUCCGCAUUGCCUUGGCGCAAUCGAUGGACGCCACGUCGCUGUGAAGAAACCACCUAAUUCAGGAAAGCUCUAUUAUAACUUUAAAGGUUAUCAUUCUAUUGUCCUGCAAGCUGUGGUCGACGCCAACUACAGGUACAUUUUUAUAGAUGUAGGCGGAUUUGGGUGCCAGCAUGAUUCCACAACUUUUAAAGCAUCUCAGUUUUACAAAGCCCUAAUGACAAAAAAGAGAUGGAGCGUACCCUCUAUCUGA